AAACCAAGGAACCUUUAGGUUGAUACAGUAGUAGACUUUAAGAAAACCAAGAGAGAUCCCAUCGAUUUUUCAUUGACAACUUUGGAAGCGUCAUCUCCGAUUGGUCGUUGCCAAGGCAACGGGCUGCGUCAAAUAUUCAUUAAUUCCGUGUGGCUCUUCCUCCAUGCGGCAGAACCCUGUGGUUGUAUUACUGUGAUACUGUUAACGAAUCGCGCUAACCUGCACGUAGCGAGGACUAUAUAAUCUCUGGCUGUAUUCGAAACAUCUGUUUGUCAGUUGAAGUCACAAGAUUACCUUUAUCUCGGAUUAUUAUUGUGGCCAAUCGGUUUCAAGUCACUGAGGACAGCCCAAUGGCCUUGGUGGUCGUCAGUCUAGUGUUGGGACUCUGCAUGGGGGGCCUUGCAGCCCCUGCCCCCAACACGUCCAAGCAGAUCGACCUACUCAUGCCCCACGUACAGCCUAAAGUUCCGGACACGUACCUCUGUCACGGAAUGAAGCUGAAUUCUUCGGAGACAUACAUAACUGGCUUCAUCCCCAACGCCAACAUGAACAUCGCCCAUCACAUGCUGCUGUAUGGGUGUAUGGAACCAGGGAUGAAGAAGCCGGUCUGGAAUUGUGGCGAGAUGGCCGCCAGCUCCUCGGAGUUUGAUAUGGCUCCAACCUGUGCGUCUGGACCGAAGAUCCUGUACGCCUGGGCAAUGGACGCUCCAAGCCUGACUCUACCUAAAGAUGUGGCGUUCGCUGUUGGAGGCAAGACGGACAUCAAGUACCUAGUGCUGCAAGUCCAUUACAAGAAUGUCACCACCUUUCUCCCCCCACAGAACAACAAGGACGCAUCUGGUUUGAACCUCAUAACGCAGAAAACCAAGUUGCCGCGUCGUGCUGGUGUCUAUCUGAUGGGCACUGGGGGCAAGAUCAAGCCCAAGUCUACCGUGUACAUGGAGACUGCCUGCAAGUUCAGGGACGACCUGACGAUCCACCCCUUCGCCUUCAGGACGCACACUCACGGGCUGGGACGGGUUGUGUCCGGUUACCGAAUCCGCGACGGCAAGUGGACUGAAAUUGGCCGGAUGAGUCCCCAAAAACCACAGAUGUUUUACGAUGCAACCACCCCCAACAUGACCGUCGAACCAGGCGAUAUUCUCGCUGCCAGAUGUACAAUGGUCAACGACAAGGACACCACAGUCAAUAUAGGAGCCACCCAGAACGACGAGAUGUGCAACUUCUACAUCAUGUACUACGUGGAAGGCAAGGACAUCAUGAAUGAAAACUACUGCUUCACUUCUGGACCACCGAACUAUUCGUGGGAGGACUUCCGGGAGGGUGACCUUGCACUUGGGGACAUGCCGGACACUGUAAGCUCCGUCCCAGGGUCCUCGGAACCUCUGGAAGAAGGCAAGGAUGAAAUGGGGGAAUAUCUGGAGUCCAUCUUGGAUAAUCUCCAGCCCCGUGAGUUGGAGGCGCUAUACGAGGAGAUGGCUGGGGAAGGGGACAAGAAUGAUGUGAACGGUUAUUAUUAUGGGGGUUAUUAGAGAGAGGUUGGGGAUUGCCCAUACGGGAAAGGGGAGAUAAUUGGGAAUACAUUGUACUAUCUCCCUCUCCAUAAUUCUGUGAGCUUCUGUAAAACAAUGGAAAAUCUACAAUGGGGUUAGAAAGAUCAACAUUUUUAGGAAAUUUGAGACACUUCACAUAUGCAGAGGGAGAUACUGCACUGGGUUUAUCAAAGAUAGAGACUGUUUAUGAAUAUAAGAAUACAUUUGAAGGGCAAUAUGCUGCUGCUUUUGGUAAAGCAUAUAAAGUAGUACAAUCGGUUGUUAUUGUGUAUAUCGUAGAUAAAUACCUAUAUACAUUCCUGCCAGUGCUUGUGACGCAUCUUUAUGUACACACCCAUAUCGGGUCGUCUUUCAGUCUCCGAUAUUUAAUUUACUACUUUUCACCCAAUGCCAACUCUCAGUGAAUACAAUUUCCUCUCGAGUGAACAGAAAAUGUCUUCUAUAAUGAUAGCUUCCAAGAAAGGCUCAGGAAGCCUUCCUGAAAAUGGCCUGCCGAAAUCUAUCCAAAGCUGCUUUAGUAAUGUACUAUGUCAUUCAUUUCGCCAUAUCCUCUUUCCCCCGUAGUGUAUAGUACGUGUUUUUCAAAGCAGCUUGUGUUCCCCACCCACCGGUGUACUUGUGGUAGUUUAGUAAGGCAACUGUUGUUUCUGACACACGCCUGUGAUGGUCUUGUAUUGUUCUUGUUGCACGGACACAACAGAGUACAUUCUCAUAAAGUAGACAUUUCAGAGAUAAUCCAACUCACAUGAAAAGUUCGGCCAUUGUCUGCACAUCCACAGAAGUCAGCAUCAACAUGUAAAUAGAGUGUUAUCUGUCGGUUUUCUGAAGACGCUUCUGGAACAGUGUGUAUUGUAACUAAGUCACACACUCUGUAUUGCUCAAUAUGUGCCAUUCGUAAGUUUCCUUUCGUAGAGUUGUGUGAAGUCCUGUCUAGUUGUGUCAUGGUGCUGUAGAUAUAUAUCAAAUCACUAUUAUAUACUUAAUUCAAAGACAUGCACAGAGAAAUAUAUUUAUUUUCAAAAAGACGGGUCUGUCAAUAUGAAUGUACAGUAUUGAUUUAACGUUUAUUGUUAUUCUAAGGUUAAACAAUAUAGUUCAACCUCGUUAAUCAGGACUAAGUUGAUCCAGCUUCCCGGAGCAUUACUGGAACCUCUAUGUACCAGUACGUCCAUCCGUGUGAUUUCCCUGACAAUGAAUCCGUCCCGAAUAACGAGGUUUCAUUAUAUACUGCAAGACAAAUUGGGUGUGCUCUGAGUAUUGCAUUUCUACACGUUUAACAUUUCACCAAUGAAUAUAACUAUCCUGAAAAGGUGAAUUUGGAGAGAGAAAACAUUAAUCUUAAGUCGGAUUUCGACAUCCGUUUUGAAAUGCAAUAGUCACUGGAAACAUUAUUCCUAAUUUUCGAAUAAAUGAUUUCGGCCAUUGGAAA